AUGUCUAACACCCUAGCAUGGGCCACCCACACAACCCCAUUCAUCGCGAACGCCCCGAUGUUCGGCUUUGCCGACGUCAACCUGGCAACCGCCGUGACAAAAGCCGGCGGAUUCGGCUUCAUCGGCGGAGGCUUUGACUUCCGAGCCGAGUCCACUCAACUAUCCAGCUUGGACCGGCAGCUGACAGAAGCCCGAACCCUUCUCGGCGUGGCCGAUGGGCCGCUGCCGCUCGGGGUGGGCUUCAUCACGUUCCAGCCAAGUGGGUUUGUUGAAAAUGCUAUUCCCAUCCUGCGCAAGUACCGCGUGGCAGCCGUGUGGUUGUCAUUUCCUCAAGCGGAUGCCGAUCAUGAUAUUUUGAUCCAAGGUAUCCGGGAAGACCGGGACUGGGAUGUCAAGGUGUUUGUCCAGGUCGGCACGGUCGAGGCUGCUAAGGAAGCCAUUCGACAGGAAGUGGACGUCCUUGUCGUUCAGGGAACGGAUGCCGGUGGACAUCAGUGGGCCCGUGGUGCGAGUUUAAUAUCACUCUUGCCCGAGGUGCGAGACUAUUUGUCGACAACGCAGAAUACCACAACUGCCAUUCUGGCAGCAGGCGGUAUUGUCGAUGGGAGAGGCUGUGUUGCUGCUCUUGGGCUUGGCGCUGAUGGUAUCGUUAUGGGCACCAGGUUCGUUGUUACAUCUGAAUGUCCAGCACCACUUUCAAUGAAGCAGACCAUCGUGUCCAGUCACGAUGGGGGUGUCUCAACUAUCAAGUCCAUCCGACAUGAUGUCUUCCAGUCGACCGAUGUGUUCCCCCGGCAGUAUGACGGCAGAGCUGUGGUUGGGGUUAGCUAUGAAGACUCGCAGGCCGGUAUGAGUGACGAAGAGAUCAUCCGUCGAUAUAACGAAGCUCGACAGGCUGGAGAGGACCAGCGACGGACCGUGUGGGCUGGUUCGAGUGUGGGAAAUAUCCAUGCGGUUGUCUCUGUCAAUGAUCUUAUCAAGUCUACCCAACAAGAGGUGAAGGUCAUACUGGAUCGACUGAAAGGGAGUGCUUCCUAG